AUGACAAGAACUUCAGUUUUAGCAGAUGCAUUAAACGCAAUUAACAACGCAGAAAAGUCUGGUAAGAGACAAGUUUUGAUUAGACCAUCAUCUAAGGUUAUUAUUAAAUUCUUGACUGUUAUGCAAAAGCAUGGUUACAUUGGAGAAUUUGAGUACAUUGAUGAUCACAGAUCAGGUAAAAUUGUCAUUCAACUUAACGGUAGAUUAAACAAGUGUGGUGUUAUCCAACCAAGAUACAAUGUUAAAAUUAACGAAAUUGAAAAGUGGACUGAUAACUUGUUACCAGCAAGACAGUUUGGUUAUGUUAUUUUAACCACAUCGGCAGGUAUUAUGGAUCACGAAGAAGCUAAGAGAAAGCACGUCUCCGGUAAAAUCUUAGGUUUUGUUUACUAG